AUGUCGAAAGUCAAAUGUUCUUCAUACUCCACUGCUGAAAAGUUCCAAGUUUUGCAAUAUGCAAAACAACAUGAAGAAUAUAAUGAGGCUGAAACUAACUUAAAAGCAUGGAUUUUUGAAUUUCGACAGGAUGGAAUUGCUAUAACUCCUAAAAUCGUAAAACAUAUAUGA